AUUAGAAGCAUCUAAAAUCCAGCUUGACCGUUACGGCAUGUUUUCAUCGAUACUUAUUAGUUUAAAUUCUCACGGUUCAAUAAGAUUUGAUAUUGUUUAGAUAUAUUGUUAUACGCACGCUCGCACACACACAUAUGAUUAUGAAAGUGUUGAAAUUUUGUAUCUAGGUUUUGCGAUUAUAUGGAAACAAUUUUUAGCCCAAUGUUAUUUCUGCAAACAUUAGCUAGCAGUCUCAUAAUAUGUCUAGUAGGUUUCCAAAUUGCGACUGCAAACAUAACUGCAAGUACAAUCUCUAAAUCGAUUAAAUACAUCUCAUAUUUAAUCAUGGCACUUUUUCAAUUGCUGCUCUUUUGUAUACCUGGUGAUGCUUUGAUAUAUGAGAGUUCCAUGAUCUAUAAAACUGUAUAUACAAUUGCGUGGUAUGAAUUGCCAGUUUUAUUCAAAACCGAGAUAUGUUUGCUCAUGUUACGUAGUCAAAAACCUAGUAAAAUAACUGCAGGAAAAUUUUACGUAAUGCACCUGGAGAAUUUUAAUGCAGAUGUCUCUAACUUCCAGCAUAUGGAGUAA